UUUAUUUCAUUCUUUGAUACUAAUCUUUGCCUGGACUCUGACAGACGACGUCGUGGAAGGCAAAGACAACUUCCUGUGGAGUCUGAACUGUGUGUGGGUUCACGUUGGUCGUUACUCCCCAAAUCCCAAUCGCACUUCGACGGCGGAGAUCGGAUCUGCUCUGUAUCUCUUUCAGACCGAGACGAGAGAGAGUGAGGUGACUCUCCCACACCGCAGUGUCGGUGAGCUGCGAAUAACCUGCCAAAAGUGAAUAUCCAUAACACGAUGGCGACGAUGGAUCCGCUGAUGACGCCGUUGGGGCAAAUGCUAUUGGAGGAGAUUACUCCGGUGGUGAUGCUCAUUUCAACUCCUUCUGUCGAAGAAGCUUCCCGCAAGAACGGCCUCUCCUUCCUCCAGAUGCUAACGCCGUUCUGCUCCUUCGACAACAUCGAUGUGCCUGUUAGGACUGCCAGUGACCAACCCUAUCGCCUUCACAAGUUCAAAUUGCGCUUGUUCUACGCUUCCGAUGUUAGGAGGCCUGAUUUGAAGGAAGCUAAAGAGCAAUUGAAGCAAGUUAUCUCGGAGGCCGGGGAGAAAGAGUUUCCUGACUCGAAUUCAGAUUUGCCGGAAAUUAAUCUUGAACUUUCCUCGAGUUCUGAAUACGAAAAUACACCAUCCUGGUUCCGGUUUCUCAAUAAAGAGCUUGUCCGUGUGGCUUCCUUUUCAGACCAUGAAGCUUUUGACCAUCCCGUGAUAUGUCUUCUUGCUGUCUCUUCUAAGGAUGAGCAACCUAUUAACAGAUUUGUUGACUUUUUUAAUACCAAUAAGCUUCCUUCCCUUCUUAAUGAUGGAUCAAUGGAUCCAAAAAUUUCAAAGCAUUACUUGUUGGUGCAUGAUAAUCAAGAUGGUCCUGCAGACAGAGCAAAUAAAAUAUUGACAGAAAUGAGGAGUACAUUUGGUUCUGGCGAUUGUUCAUUGCUUUGUAUUAAUUCUUCCCUGGAGGCUCCGUUCAAACAUCAAGAUAAUCCUUGGGCCUCCUAUAUAACUAAUUCCUCAUCUAGUCCCACUCAAGAUGUUGGUUGCUUUCUUAACAUGGAUGAUAUCGAUGAGAUUAAAGUUCUAAUGCAAGAUUUAUCAUCUAAGCACAUAAUUCCAAAUAUGGAGCAAACGAUUCGUAUACUCAAUCAACAGGUUUCUGCAACACGGAAAGGGUUUAGAAACCAAAUAAAAAAUUUAUGGUGGAGAAAAGGGAAAGAAGACGGUGCAGAUUCUCUCAAUGGUCCCGUGUAUAACUUUAAUUCCAUUGAAUCCCAGAUUCGAGUUUUGGGUGAUUAUGCUUUUAUGUUACGAGAUUAUGAACUUGCCUUGUCAAAUUAUCGCCUAAUUUCCACAGAUUACAAGAUUGAUAAAGCCUGGAAGCGCUAUGCUGGUGUGCAGGAAAUGAUGGGGCUUACAUACUUCAUAUUGGAUCAAUCAAGAAAGGAAGCUGAGUAUUGCAUGGAAAACGCAUUUAACACAUAUUUAAAGCUUGGAUCAUUGGGUCAGCUAAAUGCAACACGAUGUGGCCUGUGGUGGAUAGAAAUGUUAAAGGCACGUGAUCAAUAUAAAGAGGCAGCUACUGUUUAUUUUCGUAUUUGUGGUGAGGAUAUCCUACAUUCUGCUGUGAUGCUUGAACAAGCAUCAUACUGCUACUUGUUGUCUAAACCCUCCAUGUUACGCAAAUAUGGAUUUCAUCUAGUGCUUUCUGGCGAGCAGUAUAAAAAGUGUGAUCAGAUUAAACAUGCAAUUCGAACCUACCGAUGUGCACUUUCUGUUUUUAAAGGAACUACUUGGAAUUAUAUCAAUGAUCAUGUUCAUUUCCAUAUAGGACAGUGGUAUGCUUCCCUUGGGAUGUAUGACGUGGCUGUCAAGCAUAUGACGGAAAUUUUGUGCUGUAGCCACCAGUCCAAGACAACACAGGAACUAUUCCUAGGCGACUUUCUUCAUAUUGUGGAGAAAACUGGACGGACAUUUGAGGUAACAAAGCUUCAAUUGCCUGUAAUCAACAUCUCUACACUCAGGGUAAUCUAUGAAGAUCACCGGACCUUUGGAUCCCCUUCAGCUGCUAAUAUUAGAGAAGCCUUGUGGCAUUCUUUGGAGGAAGAAAUGCUGCCAUCAUUCUCUGCUGCCAAGACUAACUGGUUGGAGUUGCAAUCAAAGCUUAUAUUAAAAAAGCACAGUCAAAAUGUUUGUGUUGCAGGCGAAGCUGUGAAGGUGACUAUUGAAUUUAAAAAUCCUCUGCAAAUCUCAAUUCCCAUAUCUAGUGUUACACUUGUAUGCAAGUAUUCUGCCAGUACUGAUGAAGUGAUAUCAAAUGAAAAUGAGUCAAGUAUGGAGAAAGAUAAUAAGGUUGACCACUUUAGAAAUAUGAGCUCUGACAAUUCCUCAUUUAUGGUUUCUGAGGUUGAUUUCUUACUAGGAGGUGGUGAAACAACCAUGAUCCAACUAUCAGCUACUCCCAGGGAAGAGGGUACUCUUGAAAUUAUUGGUGUUAGGUGGAAACUGUCUGGGACAAUUGUGGGCUUUUACAACUUUGAGAUGGGUCAACCAAAGAAGAAUAUUUUAAAAAGAAGGAAAACAAAGCACCUUCCAAAUGAGAAAUUUAAAUUUAUGGUGAUUAAGAGCAUACCGAAGCUUCAGGGUUCCAUCCACCCUUUACCUGGAAAGGCAUAUGCUGGAGAUUUACGGCAGCUUGUUUUGGAAUUGAGGAAUCCAUCGGAGUUUCCUGUUAAGGUACCAUGUUUGGAAUUGAGGAAUCCAUCGCAGCUUGUUUAAGAAAACUUCUUAAAU